GAUCCAGGAGCUUACGGAACAGGAAAUACGUGAAGGGAGAGGGGAUGGCGACGAGUGGAAAUACCGGGAGAAGGGGAAAAAGAUAAAAUAGAAAGGGAAGCCAUAAAUAUAGAUGUCUACACUUUUCAUUGUAUUGUAACUGAAAUUCAAAGAAACAAGUAGAAGAUAAGUAUACGCGAUAUAUGCUGUUGAUUUUUAAACAAAGUUCAUAACGAUUCGCCUUUAAACUUGAACGCACGUAAUAAAAGUUAACCUUAAAAUAUGUCUACACAAGAUUCGACGAAUGUGGAAGAAUAUAUCGAAGAAUACACAGACAUACGUAAUGAUCGUUGUUAUAAACUAUUACAAGUUGAAUACGAAAAAUGUAAACAAGAAAUUCAUAAUUUAAAACGAAGACUCGAAUUAAACGAAGUUAUGUUACGGGAAGCUCAAGAAGCAAAUGAAUUACUUGAACGUUCCCUUGAGGGACGAAUCUUGGAAAAAGAGCAAGUUAUUUUCAAAGACAAAGAAAAAUAUCAUAUCCUUACAAAAGAUUAUGAAAAUAUAAUUUCAAAUUUAGAAAAAAAAUUAGCACAACAGACGCAACAAAUUGAAGAAUUACGACAAAACGCUAAUCAAUGUAUAAAAACUGAAUGCAAUACCAUCAAAGAUCAAUCUACAAAUCUUUCUCUUGAAACAGAUAAUAUUUCCUUAAGAAAUCAUGUUGACGAACUUUUAUCUAUACUGCGAGAAGAGAAAGGAAAAAAUGAACAUGCAGAAAAAAUGAUCGAGGAAUUAAAAACUCGAUGCGAUAAUUAUGAAUACUAUACUCAAAGUAUCAAAGAAGAAUUGCACGAAAAAGAUCAAACUUUAGAAGAAGUUCGCGCAGAGCUUAUUCUAAAACGUGCAGAAAUGGCAUCGCUACAAAUGGAUGCUACAUGUGAAUCACGUAAAGGUAAUUCACUCUUUGCUGAAGUGGAAGAUCGUCGGCAGAACAUAAUGAGUAAAAUGAACGUAUUACGUGAGAAAUAUAUGGAAUUAAAACGCGUAUAUAAAUCGCAAACUGCAGAACUUAAAAUGUUAAAAGCAGAACGUGUUGCAACGUUUAGAAAAUGGGAAAAUGAUACAAAUCAUAUAUCAACAGAGAAUGAGGAGUUAAUUCAAAAAUAUAAAAAUAGAAUAUCGGAUCUCGAAAGUAAAUUGAAAUGUGAAAUUAAGAAAAAUGAUUCAAGACAAUUAGAUCGUAGCGACACAUCUUUUGGCUACUUUCAAUCACUUUUGGAUACCAAAAGAAAAGAGACAGAUGAACUACGUACAAAAAUAGAAGAUUUUCAUACAAAAUUUUUGAUACAAGAAGAAACAAAAUUGACUAUUACCAAACAAUUAAAUUAUUGGCGUUGCAAAGCUUUGUCUCUGGAGGCUCAAAUAUGCGCUGCACAAGCAGAAUUAAAAAUGGAUCUUGCGAAUCAUGUAGAGCACAAAAUCUUGGAAGAAUUAAAUGAUGUCACGCAAAAAUGUAAUAAUGAUAAUACAGAGAUUAAUGAAAAACAAUCCACUGAUAGACAAGGAUUACAAAACUCUGCUCAAUCAUUUCCAUUAAAUAAUUCUGUUAAAAUUAAACAUACUUCCUGUUCGAUUAAAAAUUUAGAAGAUUAUGAAAAUCAUAAUGAACAAACUGAUAAAGAAAAUUCUAAUCAAAAUAAUUGCGUAAAAUUUAAAAAUCUUAAGCCUAAAAAAUCAUGCAAAUUUGAAGAUAAUCAAAAUGCUAAUAAUAAUGCAAAUAAAAUUUUUAAUAAACUUUUACACUCCAUGGAGAAUAUAACAAUUGAGGAAAGUAAGAACUUAUCAAACAUCGACAAUGAAAAAUAUCCUAUAGUUCACAUAUCUAACUAAAUACAAUGAUUAAUAAACAUUUGCUAUACGAUAUUGUAGUAAUUCAACAUGUAAACAAAUGUUUUUUAAUUUUUAUAUAUAAUAUGAUAAUGAAAAAAAAUAAUAAUAAAACAAUUCUUCUCUUA